AUGGCAUGUAAAAAUGAUUCCGAAGGUAUAACAGACGUCGUAAACAUUGCCAAAAGAUGGAAUGAUCACAGUAAGAUUCCAAAACAACAAAAUAAAUGCGAAGGUCAAGGAAGGAGCAAAAUGACCAAGGGUCAUAUAUGGAAUAAAUGGGAUAACGAAUGGCAGCAAAAUAAAUCAAAAAGGUUGGACAUUAAAAGUGAGCAAAAGGAUGAUGAAAGAUGGAAAAGAAAUGGAAAAGGAUUAAAAUUUGAAAAUCAAACUAAUAUUGAAAGUUCAAUGGUUCGAAAUCAAGAAUUUAAAAACAACAAAGGAGUGGAAAAGAUUGAAUGGACCGAGAAUUUCCAAAUCCCGGGAUUAAUGAUAAAUAUCGAAAGGAAAUGCACAUUGACACUAUCAUCCAUACAAAUAUUAUCAGAUAUUUUUGAAGAAUAUCAUACUCAUUGCUGUAAUGCUUUUCAUAUAUCUCCCAAUGAUACAGCAAUAGAAACAUUAGAGCAAUAUGCUGCUAUAACAUAUGCUAUCAUCAGAUUACUCUUCCGUAUUGGCUAUAAUCCUGAAAGAAUAGCAGUUUCCGGACUUGAUACAUUGAUAAUAUUAGCUGCUAAAGAUGCGAUGAAACUUGAAAAUGCGUGUUUUGCAUGGAAAUUUAUCGCAUCUUUAAUAAAAGACGAUGAUAAUCCGGCAAUCGUUCGAACAAAUCAAUGCAAUCCUAUUGAAAUUAGAUAUUAA